GAAACUUGGGGGUCAUGGGUCGAGGAAGAUUCUGGAGGAGCAUGGAAGCCAUCUUGGGGUGCUUAAAGAAGGCUCAGGCUCAUUCUCCUCGGUCCCAGAGGACAGAACUGGAGGUGGUGGAGAGAAAUCCGGGUCUGAGCCUGGGAUUGAACGCAGCUUCUCUGGCUGCAUCUGUUAUAGAGCCAGGAAAGGAUGAAGUCAGGGGUCAGCCUUGGCAGCAAGAAGACCUUUGUCAGCAGUGGGAGUGAAAGACUUGCAGGGGAACCUGUCACAGGAUGGGGGCAGAGGGAGCUCUGCGGUUGGAAGCGUGAAGUGUGGUCCACCGCUGAGAGGGGGAGAGGCCCGGGGAGAGACGCGGAGGCUGCGGCCGAUAAAAGGCCCGGGGCAGAGGCAAAGCUGGCUAAAGAAUGUUCUUGCGCUGCCUUCCCGUGUGCAGGGGCUUCUUAGCUGUGCUGUGGUUUGUUUUUUUGUUUAAAAAAUGGUUUUAGCGAGUUAAAAGAACUAAACUCUGCCAAAGAGAGAGAGAGAGUGCUGGGUUUCCAGUUGACCAGUCUGCAAGGAAAAGCCUGGAGGCCGAGCUCUGACAAGAGCAAAAGGCUGCAUGUCAGACGUUCCUCACGGUCUGCGAUGCCCCAGGUCCCCAAGACCUGGUUUUUGUGGGGCCUUUUCAGAAGAAGCCGGCAAAGUACAGAACCUCGUUUGCUUAGUUUCAGGGGGAGAGUCCCGGGUAGAGAGGAGCAGAAAAAUGGCCGUGAUGUGGAGCCGAAAGCAUCACUGUGGCUUUUUUGGUUUUGUUUUGAGCUGUUGGACUGGUGUUUAUAAUCUGUGUUCUAAUUGUCAAAAUGCUACAAUGUGCUCCCUUGUGAAUAGAGCUCAGGCUUAGAGCAAGCUGACCUUGAUCUUGGUCAGAACAGACUUCUUAACCUUGAAUCCUGACUUUGGCCAGAAAACUCAUCCCUAGACGGUCGGUUGGUCUCUGCUCGGGAACCUUGAAGCACAAUCAUCGUUGAGCACUCCCAGCUAACGUUUCUGCUCGGGCUGUUGCUAGGCGACCGUGGUAUCACUUGCCGGAUCUAAUGUUUGUGCUCAUGUGUAAUUCACAGGGUCUCCUCAUAACCCACUUAGGGUCUUCCCGGUCUCAAGAUGAGCCUCGUGCUCAGGAACCUGCAGAGCGUCAUCCCCAUCCGGAGGGUCCCUCUUCGGACCAGAAUCGAACUGCUCCGAAACAUCCUGGGCAUCCGGCAGUUUGACCUGGGUGUGAUAUGUAUGGACAACGCGGGCAUUCAGCGCCUUAACAGAACCUACAGACGCAGCCACGGCCCCACCGACGUGCUCUCGUUUCCCUUUCAUGAGAACCUGAGGGCAGGGGCAGUGCCUCAGCCCGAGGGCCCCGAUGACUUCAACUUGGGAGAUCUCUUCCUGGGAGUGGAGUACAUCUUCCACCAGUGCCGAGAGAACGGGGAGGACUACUACGAUGUCCUGACAGUGACGGCGGCUCACGGGCUCUGCCAUCUGCUCGGGUACAAGCACAGCACAGCAGCCGAGUGGCAGGAGAUGUAUCGCAAAGAAAAGCUCACGCUGGAAGCACUGAACAAGGUCGCCGGGACCAGCCUCCAGCCCCUGACCAAGAACCUUUUUGGAUGAUGCCCUUCACAGAUCGGUCGUAGCUGCCCCCGGAGCUCAGGGACCAGA